GAAGUCCUACGAUAAUUACGACGCCUUCGUUGACUUGGAAGACGACGAACCCCCCGCCAAGGAAACGGAUAAGGAAGGGGAGGAAGGGGAGGAGGAGGAGGAUGACGAUGAAGACGAAGAAUCGGAGGAAGAAGAAGAAACUGACGAAGAUCCUCGCGCCGGUGAGGAGGUACCAGAGCUCACGCAAUCGACUUCAUCUAUGCGACCGGCUUUUCCCUUCGAGAACAACUCCGUCAAGGGAUGCGAGACACGCGGACAGAUAUCCUGCUAUGCCGGCAUCACGAUGAUGCUCCAAUACCGCUCUCACCUCUUCACGAUUCUCAUCUGUGGCCGCUUCGCCCGAUUCAUACGCUGGGACCGAUCCGGGGCCAUCGUCAGCAAGCGGUUCGACUACACCGAGGACCCGAACAUGAUCUUCGAAUAUUACAAACGUUUCGGGCAGUUAACACCUAGCCAGCGAGGGAAAGACCCCACGGUCUCUCCCAUUGUUGAUAACGACCCCGAUGCCAUAAUUGCUCGAACCAAAUUCGGCCUGUACGAUACGGAUAUGUGGCAUGGUGAAUCGGGACCUAAGGCGAAGAGAGAGAUCAAUAUCGAGGAUCAGAAGCUUUUCCGCAUAAACAUGACCCUCAACGGUCAGGCUCGUCGAUUCGUGGUGUGUGCUCCCAAGUUCGAUGACGGCGCAUUCUCUCCAUUUGGGCGCUCGACACGUCGUUCUCUGGCUAUUGAUCUGGAUAGUCCUGAUCUGCAUGAUCCUGCGAAGCGUCGUGGGGGGAUAUUAUUCAUGAAAGAUUAUUGGCGUGAAGACUCGGCUCGGACUGCGAAAGAAUCGGAUAUCUAUGGUCUUCUUGCCCAGCACAAAGUGCCAUACGUAGCCGAGAUGGAGGCCGGGGGAGACAUCCCUGACAUGAUCACGAUCACACAGGAACAUGUAGGAGGGUCGUUGUCGCACAGAUUCCCCGACGACGAGGUCUACUUGCUCCCGACCUUGCAGGCCCACCGAAUCUUCUUGAAAACCGUCGGAAGAGAUCUCACGACUUUCUGCUCUGUUAAAGGCUUGGUGACCUGUAUAGCGGAUGCCAUGGAAGCUCACCAGGCGGCGUUCGACAGGGCAUGCAUUCUGCACCGAGAUAUCAGCGUCGGAAACAUUAUGAUCACCCCAGAUCACCGAGGGUUCCUCAUUGACUGGGAUCACUGUGUUAUUCUCAACAACAGAGGUGACGACAAACGCAUAUGCCGAACCGGUACCUGGCAGUUCAUGUCUGCGCACCUUUUGGCUUCCUAUGGGACCGUUCACACGCUGGUAGAUGACAGAGAAUCAUCCGUAUGGGUUCUCCUCUACGUAACUCUCCGACAUACCCGCAAUUCAUUUCUACCGACGAAGUUACACCACAACUUGAAGUUAUGGUUUGAGGACUCCGUAAUCGAAGCUCGCGGGGAGACAGGUGGUGAAGGCAAGUACGGUGUAUUGACGGGCCCUCAUAAGGUGCUGCCUGUCUUCGACGUCUACGAUCUCGGUCAGUUGAUACGAGAAUUGGUCGAUGUCUUCGCUGUCCGGUAUGAGCCAGAACUUAGUGCAGAAGACGAAGAUGACUACGAGUAUCUGGCAUCAUCGGCUCCCCAGAGGGCCGCGCGCAGCAAGAAGGGAAUGCGUCUCUCAAGAAUGGAGAAGUUGAACAACCCCACGUGGCUUUGCAAAACAUUGCGCAGACAUGCCGAGGGUAUGAAGGUUCCUGCAAAGGGGUUUGAUUGGUGCAAGAAUGAAUGCUAUAGCGAUGAUGAGUGGCGGGGAAGCUCCCGAAAGCGCAAGGCAACGACGGAACGUCUUGACACGAAGAGGGUGAAGGGUAUCUGCGGUACGACUCACCGCAUCUACUUCGAAGUAACGGAUGAUAAGAAAAAGACACAAGAAGAAUGCCCGCUAGAUUUGGAAGAACGGACUGGGGAUGGUUUCGACAUGCAGUGUAUUCAUUAG